UGGAGCUUUCAUCGUCCUUCUGAUGUCGUUCAGAAAAACGUUCAAAAACGUUUCUCUUCUUAUUGUUUAGGCCUAUACUUCACUGACAGGCUGUAUAACGCGCUUAAUUUGUAGCAGAGACCUGAAUUAGCAUUAAUGUUUGUCAUAUGGCCUACCAAACCCAUCGAAUCAUACUCAUAUUGUAACUAAUUUUUCAAUUUUUGUUAAACAUGGAAUGAAUCAUUUAGGGUUUUUUCUGGCUGGAAGACUGCACUGUCACCUGAACGAAAAGAAAUAGCAGUGUUAAAAUACUCCAGUCCCCAUGCAAUACUUAUAUGGCUAUCUACAACUAGACUGAAUAGAAUAAAAGAAGACAUCUCAGAAGUUUAAUUACUAGUAAAUAAGAACUUCAAUUCAGAGAAUAAGAUAAAUUCCAACAGUGUUUCCGAAUUUAAUCAAUUUGUGACAUAAACGGAUUUGACAUGUUAAAUUUAAAUGAACCACACAGAAAAUUGAAAUGUCUCUACGCAGGAUUCAUAUGUAUUGAAUCUAAACUUGGUAUGAGAACAAUGAAUCAAGCUAUUCAAACUGUACUACAGGAAAUACAUCCAAAUCAAUGGCUUCCAGUAUACGUUUCAAUAUCUCCAUCAACAGUCAAUUUCUUUUAUCAAAAACAUAUUGUUGUAAAUCUUCGCAUUUGCUCAGUUCCAUUUUUUGGGAUUUACAAUAAAGAUGAAAAAAUUUGUGGUAUUAUACAACAUACAGCUGAUAAUUUAUUUUUAUGUCAUGUUUUAACUUGUCCAACAAAUGCAAUAGAAUUAUGUAAAACACUUAAAGCAGCUUGUGAGUUACGCUAUCAACAAUGUGUGGACUCAAAAAUGUUUAACACUCAUAAACCAAGUAAUAACUUGUUAGAUGAAUCAAAAACGAGACUAGUGGAACAUUCAGAUAAACAAAUAAAGAGUGAACAAAUUUUGCACAUGAAUAUCGUCAGCCAACUGGAAAAAGUAAAGUGUGGAUUAUUUCGAAGAAUCUAUCAACAGAAAAAUUGGAUUAGAUCUAAUUUAUUACCCUAUUCAAGUGAUGUAAUUCUAUCGAAUAAGCCAAAAUCUUACGAUAAAUAUGAUCAAGAAACUAUGGACUUCCAUCAUUUAUUAUAAUUCAUAAAACUGUACAUUAAUUACUGCUGUUCUUGAAGACGAUGUUAGUAAUAUAAAUGUCUUACUUUUUAUACAGUCACUUUUAUGAUGUUUAAACAAUUGCAUUGAACAUGAUCAUGUUUUAAAAUCUUUGAGACUGUGUGGAACAAAAGCCUAAACAGCAUAGGUUACACAUGGUGAUAAGUAGAAUACUACAUCUGACUACAUGAAACUUCCAAAUUGGUAACUGCCGCAACAUAAUUUAACACUCUUAAUACAAGCAGCAACUGCUUCAUUUAACUCACGAUGUAUAGAUUUAUGUAAUUGAAUUAGAGCUAUACUGAACCGUUGCUCCACUUUAUCAACCGUACAAUCGAGAAUAAAUGUACUUUUCAAGUUGGCAUAUAGUUCCCAUUUAAACAUUAAAAUUAAAAACACGAAGUUCAGCGGAGGGAUCUCUUUUCAACGAAUUUAUUAUCAAGCUGUACAAUCGUAUAUAUAUAUGAAAAAGUUUUGUUAAAGUACUAAUUCCGUGAGGAAAUGUGAACACUAAUAACCAAGAUUAUAAUACUAGAUUACGUAAUACGAAUAAUAAUAACAAUA